UAUGAGCAGAGGUGUGCGUGUGUUUUCACUGUUUGUUGUGACGGACGACGAGCAGAGAUGUCAGGAAUUGCGGCGAAGCUCCAGCAAAACAGGGCUCGGGCAGCGGGCUUCGGUACCAACGCCCAAGCGUUCAAGUUCCUCAACCAGGACUACGAGGCGCUCAAGCGCGUGUGUCUGGAGAGCGGACGCUUAUUUCAGGAUGACAUGUUUGAAGCCAAUAUAUCUGCGCUCGGAUUCAAGGAACUGGGACCAAACUCCUCUAAAGUGCGCGGGGUUGAGUGGAUGAGACCAAAGCAACUGACGUCCAACCCAACGUUCAUUAGUGGAGGAGCGACCAGAACGGAUAUCUGCCAGGGUGCUUUGGGUGACUGUUGGCUUCUAGCUGCCAUCGCUUCUCUUACCCUGAACCAGGACGUCUUCGGCCGCGUCGUCCCGUCCGGUCAGAGUUUUGACGGAGACUACGCUGGAAUAUUUCAUUUCCAGUUCUGGCAGUACGGUGAAUGGGUGGACGUGGUCAUCGAUGACCGACUGCCUGCAAGAAAUGGAGAGUUGCUGUUCGUCCACUCCGCCGAGGGAAAUGAGUUUUGGAGCGCUCUGUUGGAAAAGGCCUAUGCAAAGCUGAACGGCAGCUAUGAAGCUCUCUCUGGUGGCACCACCACAGAGGGAUUUGAGGAUUUCACCGGAGGCAUCGCUGAGGUCCACGAAUUGGCGAAAGCAAGUCCAAAUCUCUUCAAAACCAUCCAGAAGGCUUUGAGCUGGGGCUCACUGCUGGGCUGCUCAAUUGACAUUACAGACAGUGCAGAUUCAGAGGCGAUUACAAGUCAGAAACUGGUCAAAGGACACGCCUACUCACUUACUGGUGCCAAAGAGGUGGAGUACAGUGGCAAUUUAACCAAACUAGUCCGGAUCAGGAACCCCUGGGGUCAGGUGGAGUGGACCGGAUCCUGGAGUGAUGGGUCGACAGAAUGGCGUCAGGUCAGUGACAGUGACCGUGAGAAACUGAACUGCAAAGCAGAAGAUGGAGAGUUCUGGAUGUCAUACUCUGAUUUCCUGCGUCUUUACUCGCGGGUGGAGAUCUGUAAUCUGACCCCUGAUGCUCUGUCAGAUGACAGCGUCAAUAAGUGGGCGCUGUCUAAGUUUGAUGGCAACUGGAGGAGUGGAUCUACUGCUGGAGGCUGCAGGAACUUCCCAAACUCGUUCUUUAUGAACCCUCAGUUCUUGAUCAAGCUGGAUGAGGAGGAUGACGACCCGGCUGAUAAUGAGGCGGGAUGCAGCUUCGUUGUUGGUCUGAUCCAGAAGAACCGUCGCAAAAUGAGAAAGGUCGGAGAGGACAUGCACACCAUCGGCUUCGCCAUCUACGAGGUUCCUCAAGAGUUUGUCGGGAAGAGGAACGUCCACCUUGACCGUAACUUCUUCGUGCGACAUGCCUCGGCGGCCCGUUCGGAGACCUUCAUCAACUUGCGGGAGGUGUGCUCUCGUUUCUGUCUGCCCCCCGGCGAGUAUCUCAUCGUCCCGUCCACCUUUGAGCCCAACAAAGAUGGAGACUUCUGCGUGCGCGUCUUCUCCGAAAAACAGGCAGAGUUCCAAGAGCUUGAUGACCCUGUGGAGUGCAAGGUUCCAGACAUUGAUGUGAACGAGGGUGAUAUCGACAGCCGGUUCAAGAAUCUGUUUGGACAGCUUGCUGGGGCCGACGCUGAAAUCUCACCAUUUGAGCUGCAAAAUAUCCUGAACAAAGUGAUAACUAAACGCAAAGACAUUAAAACUGAUGGAUUUAGUUUGGACACUUGCCGCAACAUGGUCAACUUACUGGAUAAAGACGGCAGUGGAAAACUGGGCUUGAUUGAAUUUAAAAUUCUCUGGACUAAAAUUGAAAUGUACCUGGACAUUUACUGUAAAAUUGACGUGGACAAGUCAGGCACAAUGAGCUCUUCUGAGAUGAGAGAAGCUGUAGAGAAAGCAGGCUUCUCUCUGAGCAACCCUCUACACCAGAUCCUGGUGGCGCGCUACAGCGACAAUCUCACCAUCGACUUUGACAACUUUGUGGGCUGUAUUAUGCGUCUCGAAUGCAUGUUCAAAAUAUUUAAAAAGCUGGACAAGGACAAGAAUGGCACAGUAGAGCUGAACAUGAUGGAGUGGCUGAAUUUUGCCAUGCUUUGAGGAAAAUGUGCAGAUUCUGGACCGCUGGGAGAUCUGACUUUCUUAUGCGUCAUGCUAACAUUGACAUCCUCUUGAAAUACCAAGAGACAGAAGGGACAAAGAAAAACUGAUGUCGCUAUUUGCGUCAGAAUGUGAAACACAACGUCAUGCUACAGACAGUUCUCCAGACUCAGGCCUGCUUCAAACUGAUCACCAUCUUCUUAGAGUAAAAAAUGGGUUCCUGCGGUUGUUCCAGUUAUUAGAAAUCAUAUUUUGGUGGUUCAGCUUGUUAGUUAUUGCUUGUUUUGUUGGACAGUUCAGAAGGAAAAGAAUACUAUGAUAGAAGAAAAAUACUAUGAUGAUAUAUGACAAAACUAUGUUAGAUACAAACAACCGUUUUAUGUUUCUGUUUUGUUUUUAAAAAUGUAAUCAUAAAUCAUGAAAAAAAAAAAAA